UUCACACUUGGUGCCGACUGGCAGGACCCGCUUGCAGCAAAGGCACAACCAAUGACAUAUCUAGCGGCGCAUUUACCCGACACUUGUCCGACUGCAUUGCGAAACAUGGAACAGGGUCUUGGUUAGCUCCCCAAAAGCCUUAUGCCAGCGCGCUCCACCACUAACAGCGGCUGAUGGACGCUCCGUACCUACCCAUUACCUGCGAACCACGCGUGUCCAAGGUCGGGUCCAGCUUCAUGGCAACCUAGAACCAACUCAUCAAAGACACCAGUAGACACAUCGACACCCGAAGAAUGGCUUGAUUGUGUUGCCCGGGUCGUCAACGCUCGUCAACGUCACUGACCCUCUCCUUUAACCUCCUUCCCCCCCCCAAUCUUUUCGCUCGUCCAUCCUCUCACCGACCUCAACCUCCCGCUGAUCAUCCGCCUGCCAAGUCUCGCUGCCUCGGGCGGCGACACGACUCCUCCUACCGACGAUACGUUUUCGAACGAACACAGUCAACAUGGCUUCUUACGGUCACCACAUGCCCGCUGCGGCUCCACGAGCUGCUCAUCCUGCCACCUAUGGCGCUCCAAUGCCUGCCCCUGUGGCCACGGCGCCAGCUGGCACCUUCGCACCAGGCACAAAGAUCCAAGUCGGUGGUCAUAGGGUGGUGAUCCAGAAUUACCUGUCCGAGGGAGGCUUCGCCCAUGUCUACCUGGUAAAGCUCCCGAAAGCCGUCGACGGUACGGAUAUGGCUGUCCUCAAGAGGGUGGCUGUGCCCGAUAAGGAUGCUCUGCGAAGCAUGCGGACCGAGGUCGAGACCAUGAAGCGGCUGAAGGGCCAUCGUCCGAUCGUUACAUACAUCGAUUCCCAUGCAUCUGAGAUGCGAGGAGGAGGCUACGAAGUCUUCUUGCUCAUGGAAUACUGCAAUGGGGGCGGCCUGAUCGACUUUAUGAACACGCGCCUCCAGCACCGCCUGACCGAACCCGAAAUCCUCCACAUCUUCACCGACAUAGCGGAGGGAGUCGCUUGCAUGCACUACCUUAAGCCCCCACUGCUUCACCGCGACUUGAAAGUCGAAAACGUCUUGAUCCUCAGUCACGGUUCCCAGAAGCGUUUCAAACUCUGCGAUUUCGGAUCUGCUGCGACGCCCAAACCCGCACCACAGACGGUCGUCGAGUGCAGGCUCGUCGACGAGGACGUGCAAAAGCACACCACUAUGCAGUAUCGAAGUCCGGAGAUGAUUGAUGUCUAUCGGAAGCUGCCCAUCGAUGAGAAGUCCGACAUCUGGGCUUUAGGCGUUCUGCUAUACAAGUUAUGUUACUACACGACGCCGUUUGAGGACCAGGGGCAAUUGGCUAUCCUCAAUGCGAGCUUCAAAUACCCCAGUUAUCCUGUGUUCUCAGACCGGCUGAAAAAACUCAUUGCAUCAAUGCUGCGUGAGAAUCCACAGGCGCGGCCAAACAUUUACCAGGUUCUUCGCGAAGGAUGUGCCAUGCAGGGGCGUGAUGUCCCUAUUCAGGAUAUAUAUGCCGGAAAACAACGUGCAGAGCCACAGAGCCGGUCUUCGGUGACCGACAAGGCCCCGUCCAAGCCGGUGGUUGGCGCCGUUUUCUCCCCUCCUCCGCAACAGGAGCAGUCCAUUCCUGACAUCGUUCCCAUGAGGAGAGGACGAUUGCCGGCCGCUAGUCAACAAACCCAGCAGCAAGUUGCUCAACCCGGCCCAUCUCCCAUGCGGGUGACUGACGGAGAUCCUUUCGCGGCUCUGGAUGCACCGGCCGCAGCUGCUCCAUCGGCGGUUGCGGCGGGAGAUGUUGACGAAUUUGCGUCUCGCUUCCCACCUUUGGACCAGUUUUCCCUUCUUCACGAGCAAGGGUCCAAAUUCAACUUUGACUCGCAUGCUCCUGCUACGCAGCAACAGAAGGCCCCGGUUCCGCAACCGGCCGACAAACCUGUGCACCAGAUAUAUCCGGUGUCCCAGUCCCCGCCGAAGAACCCGGAGCCGGUGCGGCCCAGAACCGUUGCCCCGGCAGUCUCUGCUUCUUAUACACCACCGACGAUCAAAUCUCCUCCAGCCUCCGGGGUACUUGCCAAGACGGCAUCUGCACCUCCAAAGCCUACCGAGAUGAGCAGAGCACACGCCAUCAUCAACAAGAACCCCGAGUUGCAAGCGAUCUCAUCUCAAAGUCAGGCGCAGCACCAGUCUCAACCUCAGCCAUCUAGAUAUGUAUCGACCGGCACAAUGACGACUUCUCCGCCGCCGGAACAACAGCCUUCACAGCCAGUGCCAGUGUGGCGAGUCCCUACGUCGGAUCAUCACCGGUCGACCAGCCUUCCCCGCCAGCAAGACCAAACUGUGCUGUCUCGCCCAGGCGGAGAAGAGGGUCCGCUCCCUCGUAACCCUUCCUACCAGCUACGCCCGACCCAUGUCCGGCAUCCUUCAUCGUCGCGCCCGUCACUGGAAGGUGGGCGACCAAGCUUGGAGCUUCUCGAUUCAAGCACCCAGUCGAGAAGAUCCAUUGACGGUCGUCCCAGGCCCGUCAGCACCCAUCUCGAGUCCAACCUUGACUUUCUGCGUGAGAAAGAGAGCUCUUCGAGGCCUCUUCCUUCCCCCAGUCUCAUGUCUCCGAAGUUUCCCGACAGGGUACCAUCACCUGCAAUGGCGGAACCCGAGGAGGAAGCUCACAUUGAAUCCAAUGUUGAGUUCUUACGCAGCAUGGAGGAGUCGGAUUCGAAGAAGAGAGACUGGCAUUCGAAGCACGGCAAACGUGGAAGCCUCGGCUCGCUCUCUGGUACGAAGAACAUAUUUGCCGGGAAGUUUGGAGAUGCCUUCAAGCGGUUCGAGGGAAACCAAGCACCACCGCCUGGUCGGACUCCAUCGCCGCUCAAGCAGCUGGACCGCAGCUCGUUGACUCCCAUUGAGGGAUCGGAAGCCACUGAUGGCCGCACCGAUGAUGGUAAGGGACAUGAGGAGAUCGAAGACACACCCGCAAUGAGACGGGAACUCGAACGCCUCCGCUUAGAGGAGGAAGAGCGGCGGGUCGAGGCCGCCGCUGCAGAAUACCGCCAACGGUUCUCCAAUCAAGAUUCUGGCCCCGGUGGCUCUGCUCCUCUGCCGAAGAGCAUUGGUGGAGUGUCUCGGGCUGUCAGCAUCCAAAACAGAGUGCAAAACCUGUUGAGCGAGGGACAGAAGUCUUCGGCCCAGGUCCCGCGCACUGCGCAAGGAUACGGUGUCUACACAGACGCGGGUCCUGGCCCAAGCCGACUGGACAAGCAACUUCCCGACAUUCCUAGGAAGCCAGUCGGCGGCGUCAAGCCUCGGCCAAUGACGCCAUCCAGUUCGCAGGAUGUGCUGGUCAAUAAGGUGCGGCCAUCGGCAAGCGAGCCCUUGCCGAUAGCGGGGCGAUCUACACCCGGCCCCCGACCAGUGGCGCCCCGAAAGCCGAUGCACCUUAACAGCCUGCCGACCGGCGGUCGACCGGGUUCGCCGCCGAAGCAAACACAAGCUUCUGCUUACUCGUCCUCGGAGCACCUUGUCGGCGUUGGACUUCCCGGACGACCGGUGUUGGAGAUGUCGGCCAAGGAGAAAGACGACUACGUCCAGGACUUCUCGAAGCGGUUCCCUAGUUUGGGCUCCAUCGAGAUGGUGGAGCGAGACCUCGCGGCAGAGGCCGGCGAGCAGCGGACCAGCAGAUAAACCAACUUGCUGGCCACGACCAAUACCUGGUGAUGAGCCGCAUUCAGUCGAGGCGGUUUAGGUUAGAAUUGAAUGUAUGCAUUGGGCAAGCGAGCGUAGAAAUCGUCAAAUGUUUUGUGCGCAAGCGGCGCCGUGCCGAGUCGACGUCCUUUUCGAUAGAACACUUUUUGUACAUAUGCUUUUUGUAGACACAGUCGAAUCCAAAGUGGCCAAACCUGCAGUGCAGAAGUGUCGCGUCCGAGUGCGAAUUCAACCACAGGCUCUUUGUAGUUCAGCGGUCCACGCAGGGCACCAAUAAUGAUCGGAACGCUUAUGCGGGGUUAUUUUGGAUGUUCGCUUCUACGACCUCCUUGACUGUAGGCAGGUGACGGAGACUGCAACAUUGGUAUAUCUCUCUAGUAUGAUGAUUCGCCUUUUCUACAUAUCUUACUAUGGUUGUGACCCACUCCCUGAUCUGCCUCUCUUCCACAUCCCGCACGC